GGUAGCUGGAAACGAUCAAAGUCAAACUCCUCCUACAUCACUCCCGGUGGAAUAAUUUUUCAUUUUGAUACGCACAAGCUUGUCAAGAGACUACAAGAUAAUGGUUUUUAUAAAUAUAUUUUUCUUUUGUAAAACUUAUGUCUUGCUUCUUCAUGAAGCAAAAAGGUCAUUCUUCUCUGGUAGGUCUUGGGGGGAGCAAAAAGUUGUUUUUGUAACAUAUUGAAAGUGAUAAUAAUGCAUUUGACUGCAAUUUAACGGAGUUAACAACCAAUAGCGUCUUCAUUGCUAGUUUGCUACAUCCUUCAUGUGAUCCAGGGGUGUGUAGAGUUUUCUUUGUGCUGCAUUGUUCCUGCGCUAUGAGGUUUCUUUCAGCCAAUUUUUUCUUCCCCCUUCCCUUCCUGUAGUUCUUUCUUCAGCAGAGAGCUUAAGCAAUGAUGACAGCCAUGGCAAUGAGAACAGCAAAAAAGCAGUAGGUUUAGAUUGGCAAAGCAACAACUUUGCACAUGCAUCAUGCUUUUUCGUACAUUUCUUAGCCGCCAUUGCACGACUGCGACUUGAAAAUGCCUAAUUUCACGUUUUGUACAGGACAUGAACACAAGGCAACAACUUUCUUAUUCUUUUCCUGAACUUUGAUACAGUCCUUUAGAAUUUAACUCCAAAAAAAAUUGCCAACAUUUGACGAAUUAAACAUCAGAUGGAAUAAGGGCAAUAAAAUUUGAGGCAGCAUACAUUCAUUUUUAAGUCAUGUUUUUGUAACUGCCGCCAUCGUACAUUGAUGCUUAAGCUAUCUAGUGAUUUUUUUUCAGUGUGGUGGGUGUUUGUUUUUUUGUGUCCUAUUUUUUUUGGGUGGGGGCUCAUUGCUGGGUACCUUUAUCACAGCAAUGGGGGCACUAUUCAAUCUAGGGGCUGGCUACCAAAAGUGGAAUAGCCUCUGGACACUCCAGGCACCCAUUUAGCAAUAUUACAGUUGUUAACAGCAAAAUUCCUUUAUAUUGGUUACUGGGACUAAGGAUGAAUGAAGGCACUUAUAGCCUGUAUAAGCUUCUAAUAAGCUUCUUAAAAUCAGCAACUGAGCAUAAAGUCCAAUAGGUUUGGGGUAGAGGGGUAGGGGGCUAGGUAAGAGCUCCCUGUCUCCACUACCUUAUGCACCAUAUUGACAGCACCUCUGCCCAGUUCAAUCAUACAUUCAUCAAAAUAUAAGUACAAAAACUUACAGGUUGGUGAACAGUCUUCCUAUUACUUAAUAAUAAGUGGCAAAGAAAUAUUUUAAUUGUUAUUUAUUUCUAUUGAUAUUUUAGGUUUCAGUGAAGUUCAAGCUGAAAGUUUGACAGCUUCUUUGGUUGACAUAAUCACAUCAAGUGUUCACAGUGUGGCCAACAGCACUGUGUCAAAGAUAGAUCAGGUGAAAAAAAUACAGUUUAUGAGCUGAGCUGGUAACCCUUUAAGCUCCAAUAUCCACAUACAAAUUCUCCAAACUGAUCUUCAUACAUUUCCUUAAACAAUGAAUUGAUAGAAUUUGGUUUAAGUUCAAGGCAUUUUCUCUUAGGUUUUUAAUUUUCCAGAUGGUAACCGGCCACAAUUACCAGCCACAGAAAUUUUUGCUUGCAGGUUACAUCUCCUUUCUGGCCAGUCAAAAUAUCGGGAACAAAGUUAACUCAUCCUUGUGUUUGAAAGGAAACAAAAAUCUAAGAUUCACCAGUGAGGAUUUGGAUGUUGAUUUAUGAAUGAGAGUGUAUGUGUCUGGUCAACAUGACCUGCAAACAAAGUUUUUGGCCAGACAAGUUAAUUGCUAUUCUGGCUGGACAUUGUCAGUUGACUGGCUGUUUUUUUGAGCCCUAAUGUCUGUGACAAGUUGGGAGUUUGCCAACAGUUACCAGGGUGCAAAAAAAACAUUUUGACAGCUUCCCAUUCGGGCAAGCUGAAGCUAGCAUUUACUAGCUCAGAUGUCAUUUCAACUAGCCCUAAAAGCUUUUUGAAAAGCAUAAUUGAUUACACAGUUCUUGUCAUUUGAAUUCCUCAAAACACAACACUUGCCCGUUGGGCAAGUUAAAAACAGAAUUCACUAGCCCAAUAGCAAAAUCCACUAGCCCCCGGCUAUCGUACACUACUUUCUUUUGAGUCAACUGUUAAGACUGAAUGUAUGUCUUAAGUCUUUUUCUGCCCUUCCAAGCAAAAUCCAUUCAGUUAACAAAAUUGGCUGCAGUAAUUAUUUCAAGUCUAGAACAAACUUUAUUGCAUGCAUAGACACCUGCUCAAUUUCAUUUGCAAGAAAGUUUUAAUUUUUUCCAUUUAUUAAAUUAAUUACUCUCCUUUAAAAUUUAUCUAAUAACUGUGAGAACUGUAGUAAAUUAAAACAUCAUUUAUCAAAUUCACAUUUUUUUUUAUCAUAAGAAUGGACAACUUGUGGCUUGCAAUCUUAGUCGGUUGGUGAUGCGCAAUCACAAAUUUCUGUUUAAUACAGGUUUUUACAUGUAACAAUAAAAAUGACCAUUUCAGUUACUUUUUACGUGUCUAUGUAUGCUUAAUUAAGGUGUCCACUUAAGAGAGAUUUUAUUUACAGUAAAUGAGGUAAGUAAUUGCAGGGGGUACUACAGAUGUGGCUACUGUCAGCUUCAUACAGAUUUUACUCGUCUGUAAUUUUCCAUUUCAACGUUCCCACCUCCUCAUAUUCAUUUUUUACACAGCUGGCUGGCUAGGAUUGGCUAGCUGAGUGGAGUAGCCAACAUGGGUGUAUUUUACCCAGGCAAUUUCGAUUGACUCUCGUUGUCACUAUAAGAAAGUUAUUUCUUUAAACCAUCUUUUAUACCCAUCGAUAUGUAGAAGGACUAGAGCGUUAUAAUCUAUGUGAUCUGAUAUCAACGUAUAAGAUCCGACUUGGCAGUUUAUUACUAGUCAGGAAAAGAAAUAUUUCAGGCUCUAAAAAGUUGUAGUUCUUGAUUUUUCAGAGAUUUAAUUUUCUUUUUAAAACUUUUCAGGAGAGACUUGAGGUGAAGUUUAAUGCUAUGGUCGAUACAGUAAGGUAAAAUCAAAGCAACUGAUAAUAUUUUUAGUACAGCUAUAUCAGAACUAUAUAGAGGACUUAUUAAGUAAACCCAUUUGCCCUUGGAGAUUUAGGCUGUAGCUACUCUCGCAGUUUCCCUGUUCAAUAUCUUGCCAGAAAGAGCCAAAACAUUCCGUAUGCAAGGCGAGUUCUACGCUGGUUUAAAUUACAGCGAAAUUUCUGCCCCGAAAGUGCGGGCAUAUGAGCCAAAGUUAAAUUUUGCGUUGUUUCCUUCCCUUUUCUUUUCCUUUAUUUCACCUGUUAUCUGACUUUUUGAGAAUCUUUUUGUUGGAACUUUUUGCAACUGUUUUACUUUGUUAUCUAUCGAUCGGUUUAAUCUGGCCCCAGUUGUUCAAAGGGUGGAUAGCGCUACCCGCUGGAUAAAUCACUAUUCAGUGGAUAACGCAAUUGGUUUUCCUAUAGGUGAUGUCACACGGGACGAUUCGCAACGACGAUUUUUAGCGCAACACAACGUUGCAACAUUGUUGCGACAUUGUUUCGAAUGGUUACAACAUUGUUCCAACAUUGCAACGCUGUGUUGCGCUAAAAAUCGUCGUUGCGAAUCGUCUCGUGUAACAUCACCUUAAUGCUAAUCCGCUACAUAGUGUUUCAUCCGGUGGAUAGCACUAUCCAGAUUUGGAACAACCGGGGCCAGAUUAUGGUGAAAGAAGUAAAGGAAAGAAAAAUGAUAAUAACGGUUGAUAUAAAGUUUACAGACUGACGUACUUGUUGCCUUAAAACUUCUCUUAGGGCCUGUUUACGUGGAGGUGGGGGACCCCAGGUAGGUGAGGUAACUCGCUUAGGUGGGGUAACCCGCCUGUCCAUUUAAUCUCUCAUUUUAAUUUGAUCACGUUGACAUGAUAGGUGGGGUGACCCGCCAAGGCGGGUAGCCCGGUCUACCAGACCGGGUUACCCUCUCAGCCGGGGCCAAAUUUUGCCAUGUAAACGUUUCAAGGUAAAGGUAAGCCGCCUGGCCGGGGUCGGAUUCGUGAUACAUCAAGUUCGCGCAAAAUUCACUUUGGCGGUGGCUUUGCAUCAUUAUUACAGUUAACAAUAGAAAGCCACAUAACUGAAGGUUGCAGCAAAAGCAACAAGAGAGUGUAGAAGUUCAUUAAUCGCCAAAACUCGUGAUUUGCCAGCAUUUUUCUUGUUUACGUGCUUAGCGACCAUUCAAUAAUCUUGAGAAAGUGCACCCCGGGAUGGCGGGGUUGUAAGAUUGCAUGUAAAGGAGGGUUAUUUUUUACCUCACCUACCUGGGGUCCCCCUCCUCCAUGUAAACAGGCCCUUAAUUAUGGUGAGAAAAGCAAAUGACAGAGUUUUGCAAGCAAUAACUAAAGGCUGUUCUAUUUUUCUCUUUUUAUGUUUUCGUGAUUUGUUUUCUCUACCUCCAGAAAUGAAAUGUUUCUCCUUGAACAAGGAAAGUUUUCACGAAUUCAAGAGGAAAAUCAAGUACGGUAACUAUUUUAGAUUUGAUUAGUUAUAAAUCAACAAGCUUUUCAUAACAAUUUAUAGACCCCAUUCGGCUACUCAGUGCUCAAUUCAAAUCUCCCAGGGUUAAGAUUCUUCGUAUACUGUAUUUGCAUUAUAUAUAAUGUGGCAGUCACAUUUAAAUGAUAUGGAAAUUCCUGAAACAAAACGUUUUAUUCCCAAAGUGUUUGAAUUGGUUGCAACAUUGAGUUAGCCGAAUUGGUCUGGGACAGUUGUUUUAAGAUUUACUUAACAUCUUCACAUAAUUUCAUAAGUUUUAGAUGGUUUUCUUUGUAAAAAGUGGGGUAAAAGUGUUUUUACUCUAAUAUUUACUGAUUCAUUUGAGUGAUCACGUUUUUCAGUAUACUCGUGUGAGCAAGAAAGAAUUCCGUUUUGGUGUAAAAUGCUAAAAUUCACAUACUAGCAUGAGAACGUAUGUGUAUGUGAAAAACAGGCAGUUUCUCAGCAAACUAAAAACACAAACCCAAAACGUCACUUAGAAUUUUUUCAUUCGAAACCCGGCUUGUAUUAUUUUAUACUUUGAUGUAAUUUAGUUUCAAAAUCCUAAUAACUAGACAAUUAAUUUUGUUUGUACUGGUUUUCUUUUUGCGAAAGAAAUUAAGAGAUGAAGUGGCUUCUCUUAAAGGAAUUUUACAGGUAACGAAACAUGAGUUUUUGUCUAUUAAAUUAUGUAAGGUUUCGUCAGUGUUUCAAGAAUCAGUUUUGACUGUGGACGUUUUCGUUUUUAGGACGAGGUGGCCAAACUCAAAGGAGGAAUGGCCUUAGACUUCAGCUUGGAAAAGAGUCGAAUAAAAGAAGAGGUUCAGUAUACUUUGUUCGUUAGAAUAGUUCUUAGGUAAGGUAAGGUAAGGUAAGGUAACUUUAUUUAAACACGGUAUUUCCUUCAGGUAUAUAUUUACAUUGAAGUAUAGAAAAAAUAACUUCCUAACUAAUCUAAAAUCUAAGAUAAAAACUAAAAUAAAAGAGAUGAAAAGGAAACACCUGCUUUUCAAGGAGGCCGUGUGUAAAAACAGAAUAUCGCUAAUUAAAUUAUUUGUCGAUCGAAAUUUAUGUCUCUUAAUUUUCCCUUAAAUAAAUUAGGGGAUGUCAAUUGCCGUACCUCCAGAGGCAAGCUGUUCCAUAACGCUCUUCCGCUGUAAGAAAGACUUCUUUUAUAAAAUUCAGUACGGGGUUGCGAAACAGCGAGCUUGUAUUCAUUCUCUCUAAGGUUAUAGCUAGUUAAAUCGCAGCGACGAACAAAACGCGAAGUCAGAUAUUCUGGAGCAGUGUUAUUUACAAUGCUAUGCAUCAUUAUUGCUUUACUGACUGCGCGCUGAUGGACACGUUUCGACCACUUUAAAUUUUGAAAUAAUUCACUAGGACUGCAGUCAUAAUUAGGAGAUCAUAUACACUUGAUUGCAGAUAUUAAAUGUUCUAGGUGACCCAAACGGCCAGUGAAAUUAUGGGUAUAAGUGACAAUUAGCUGAAUGCUCAGUGGAUUUCGCAGUCAGAGCCCUAUGGUUUGAACUUCUAGUAACGAACACCUCUCGUAUCGAAAGCGACCGUAACCACUCUUUGGGGCCGAGUUGGAAACCUCAUUCCCAGGGUCCUCUCCUCGUUCUCAACCCCCGAGGUGAGAGAGGUCGAGUAAGAAUUGACCCUGAAAACGAGACUGAAGUUUGCACUGUUAUUUUAAAACCUGUUGGGAGCUUUCAUUGACAUGGUCUGCAUGAUAUUUAUGUGCGCUGUAUGUACUUUUCAACUCCUGGUAAACGAAGAAAUAAGGAAAGUUUCUAUCACUGAUAGCAUUGCACUUUUCGGAUUGUAACUCGGCAAAAAGUUUCAGUAAUGAAGCUCUUUUUAUAGGAGACCCAUUUUGACACUCAUUUAGUAAACCACCAUGUUCGGUAAGCGACUGCUAGGUUUAGAUGGCACUGGGUGGUCGCUUGCGGGAGUUUCGACUUUAAGCUUUUCAGGCCCUCGGAAACCUGAAACCAGCCUGACUUGAAUGUUGUUAUUCAGACCCUAUUCAUCGUAUCGUGUGAAUAUACGAUUAUUCAAAUCUCUUGUCUUGCUUUGUACAUUUUAGCUUGCAGUGCGAGAUCAAAGAAUAAAGGAUGCCGAGAACAGAAUAGAAACUGAGGUAUGUAGUGAGUACCAGUCGUGGUUCCUUUUAUACCCGUAGCAUUAGCCUGCCAGCAAGCUCUCCGGGGCGCUCUGGCGGCGGGGCAGGAAAAGGAAGGAGAGCUUGCAACUCGACUCGAAGCAAUCGGAUGAAUUUCAGGCUAGUCUCUUUUGAAAUCAAUUUUAGGGAAAAGAAAAUUUUUAAGUACGUCCAUGUUCAGAUGGCGCUUCCUAAAAAAAAAUUUUAAUGUGUUGUUUUUGUGAUGAAAUACUCCUAGCUGAAGCUGCCGUACCUUUAUUUAACAGCUAAAAAUAAUAAAGAAUUUACUGAUCUUUACUGGUUAAAGCUCGUUGACUUCGUUCUGUGCCGAAAGCAGAGAAAAAUAAAAGCACCAUAUUUCACGAACUGAAAGGUGUUGUGAACGCGAAGAUCGCUCAGAAUAAUUCGCAGCAUGAUUUCUGAAGGAGGAAUUACAGUCAAACCAGGUGAAGAUACCAUUCAUGAAUUGAUUAUUUGAAAAGUGAACCCGUUUGUCGCUUCUGUAACUUGUAGCCGGUAUCAAAUUGCAUUCAAAUGAUCGGUGAAGUUUUGACUGCAACUGUUUUAGUAUACGAUGAGAUGGAAAAUAUUUCAAUGGAUGAAACUUCUAUUUAGGCAUUCUUCAAAUUCAAGAAAACUGAGCCGGCAGAAAUUUCAUAACGAACUCGCGUGUGAAUUCACUGCUCAUUACGCGAGCAAAAAUGCAGACUGAAAUCAACAACAACUAACGGAUGGCGGCAUUUUGGCCAAUCGGAACAACGCAAAUCAUCCAUAUUGUUUCCUAUCCAAUCAGAAAAAAGUCCAGAUUCUGGCUUUUUUACAUGUGAUCCGACAAAGAAAUGUAUCGUGCCCUCUUGCCGUAAGAGACAUGAAGGGAUAAUAGGGAGAGGGCAUGAUCUCAGGCUAUUUCCCGCCCCGCCGCCAGAGCACCCUGGCGAGCUUAUUCGCAGGCUACCCCAGCAUUUAAUUUAGGAAGUGGCCUUGUUUUUCUGGAUAGACAAAAAAAUUUCAUGCAUAUGCAUGAUGAGGUCGCAUACUAGCCUGGAAAGAUCGUAUUUUGCCGUGCAAACGAUGAUACCUUUGUUCUCCCGCCAUCUUUAACGUUGAAACUGACGGAGAGUUGAAGCGAGUCAAAAAAUGUUUCCAAGGGAGAGCUUCACCCCUCCUCCCUUAGUUUUUCAAUUGCUCUCAAGUUGGCGGCCGCAAUCAAUGUACCUCAGAUAGGAGUUGUUUAAAAAUGGGUUAAGAUAACCCAGGGUUAGUGCGAGAUUUGAAUUCAGAUAUGAAAGCUUAAAAAACAUUUCAGUUUAAUUCUUUUUGUCUACAAGUUGAUGAUUGGAAGCUCUAAAAAUUAAAGAGAAAAUUAUCCGAGUAAAUGGUUUUGAACACAAGAAAAAGAAACCCGGGUUAAGCGCUAAUCGGCCUUCGAACAACUGGGCCCAGAGCUUCCGUUAAAAUUAAAAAAAAACCGUUCUCCUCUCUCUUAUCCCUUAAGGAAGGCCUGAUGCUCAGGCUACCUUCACACGGCACCGGACUAAUUUUCGACCGGUUCAAAAAUUCCUGCGUUUAGGUGUUCCGUUCACACAUAACCAACCUAACCGGGCGAAAAUUUAGACGCGUAGCCUUUCAAAGUGCCGUGUGAACGGAGCAAAAAUAUUGAACGGUCCCGUGUGAACGUAGUGUCCGGUAAAAUUUAUCAGCCGAUCAAAAAUUCGUCCCGUGCCGUGUGAACGUAGCUUCAGGCGAAGUUUUGUUUUUCCCGCCUUUCUUACCUGGUCUUCAAACCGUGUUUUCCCAGUCCUUCAUGGUCAUGCAUUUCGGUGACAUAGCUGACUGACAAAUUCACUAAGACUGCGUGACCCAAAACAGUAAGCCGCGCAGAAUAACUUAUGUUGCUCUCCCUCAAUACGCACCAAUUGUGAAAAAACAUAACGAUUUUUUAACAAGCUCACAUUUGAAAUCUCUUAAAGAUUCGUUUUGGACUUCUUGUUUUUAGAAAAGACUGAUUUUACUGUGCUAUUCUCAUGUUUUCACUCCAUAGGUUGCUAAACUAGGGACGCAGCUCGAGGCACAAAAGUUAGAUUUAAUCAAGUAUAUAGUAGGUAAGAUAAUA